CUCUUCCCCCACCACACACUUAAAGAAAAAACAAGAAAAUGGUGAAGUUCUCUAAGGAGCUUGAAGCUCAACUCAUCCCAGAAUGGAAGGAUAAGUUUGUAAACUAUCGAGAUUUAAAGAAAGAAAUAAAGAAGAUGAAAGUUUCUAAAAUUAUAUCCAAACCAUCCCAACACACAGAUGGCGACUUUGGCGUCUCUAUUUUCGAUUCUAUUCGUUUCUUCGCCAAGAAAAUCUCUGACAAGUUCCAAAAUUCAGAGAACGAAACCGAUAUAAUUCAGGUCAAAUGCAAAAGCAUUGAAGAUGGUGGGGAUGAGCUUUAUGUAACUGAUCUUUCUCAGUUAUUUAAUGAAGAAGACGAGGUGAAACGAUUUUUUGAAAAAUUGGAUAACGAGCUUAAUAAGGUCAACCAUUUUUACAAGGAACGAGAGGAUGGGCUUCAUAAGAAACGAGAAAAUCUCAACAAGCAACUGCAGACUAUACUCGACCUUAAUCAAAUUUUCAACAAGCGUCGACAGAAAAACUCUAUGCCAAGUUUGAAUGGCAGAAAUUCUCCUCGUUCUUGGUCCUCUCCUGACCGCAGUUCUAGUUUCUCUGAAAGCUCGAUUGAAUUAGCUGAAAGCCCUGAAAUGUCAGAAACAGAGGAAGUACUAGCUGCAUUAGAAAAAAAUGGGGUAUAUUUUACGGACUCAGGGACAAGGACGAAGACAAAGAAUGGGAAACCUAAGAUGGCCAUGAAGAUUGACAGUCCGGCCAGCUUUGAGAAGAAGAUAAGAGGAGCAUUUAUGGAGCUCUAUAAAGGGCUUGGUCUACUAAGAACUUACAGUUCACUGAACAUGACGGCAUUUGUCAAAAUAAUGAAGAAAUUCGACAAGGUAUCCAACCAGAAUGCCUCUGAAACUUAUCUAAAAGCAGUGAAGGGAUCUCACUUUAUUAGCUCUGACAAGGUGGUUCGAAUGAUGGAUGAAGUGGAGUCCAUAUUCGCAAAGCACUUUGCCAACAAUGACAGAAAAAAGGCAAUGAAGUUCUUGAGGCCCCAGCAGAGAAAGGCUUCUCACAUGGUGACCUUCUUUGUUGGAUUGUUUACGGGUUGUUUUGUGUCACUGUUUACUGUGUAUGCACUCUUGGCACACUUGACGGGUAUAUUCUAUGGCGAUAGAAGAAAAGAUUAUAUGAACACAGUAUACCCAAUUUUCAGCACGUUUGCGUUGCUGAGCUUACACUUGUUCAUGCAUGGGUGCAAUUUGUUCAUGUGGAAGAGUAAAAGAAUCAAUUACAAUUUCAUCUUUGAAUCCUCACCAAAGACAGCCCUCACGUAUCGAGAUGCAUUCCUCAUGUGCACUACCUUCAUGACAAUUUUGGUUGGAGCAUUGGUCAUCCACCUUUUGUUAGGAGCCAGUGGAUACCCACAAGGCCCAAUGGAUGCCAUUCCUGGACUUCUUCUUCUGUUGGCCUUCAGUAUGCUCCUAUGCCCACUUAACAUCUUUUAUCGACCAACACGCUACAGUUUCAUUCGUAUAAUUCGUAAUAUAGUGUGCAGUCCAUUUUUUAAGGUUGAGCUGGUGGACUUUUUCAUGGCUGACCAACUUACUAGCCAGAUUCCAUUGCUGAGGCACUUGGAAACCAUAGCUUGCAACCUUCUGGCAAGAAAUUUCAGAACACACCAGUAUGAAACCUGCUCUGAUGUAAAGCUAUUUCGGGAGCUAACUUAUGUAAUUUCGUUCUCACCAUAUUAUUGGCGAGCAAUGCAGUGUGCAAGAAGAUGGUUUGAAAAGCCCGAAGGGGAACAUUUGGGUAACAUGGGAAAGUAUGUUUCGGCCAUGGUGGCAGCUGGCGCCAGGUUGACAUAUCAUCAGAAUAAAGAUGACCAUGUAUGGUUUGCUAUUGUCUUGGUGACUUCUGGGGUGGCUACAAUAUAUCAGUUGUACUGGGAUUUUUAUAGGGACUGGGGUCUUCUCAGAUCAACCUCCAAAAAUUUAUGGCUUAGAGAUAAUUUAAUUCUGAAGAAUAAAAGCAUCUAUUACAUGUCCAUGGCCUUGAAUGCUAUUCUAAGAGUUACAUGGCUGGAGACCAUAAUGAAAUUCGAUAGAGGUCCUGAGAAAAAGUUACCACAUUUCCUCUUGGAUUCAUUAGAAGUUAUUCGUCGUGGGCAUUGGAACUUUUACAGGUUGGAGAAUGAGCACGUAAACAACGUCGGCAAAUACAGGGCAGUAAAAGAAGUUCCAUUACCAUUCAUUGAGAUAGAUUCUGAUGGCUGAACCCUUUCUUGGACUCACGUACAGAUGUCCCUUACAAGCUGACCAAGAGAGGCAUGCGAUCGCAAAAGGGUUCCACAUUUCAAAAUAACAAAAUGUGCAGUCACACAAAGCAUUCAUUACAUAUCCAAUUCAAAAUGUGAAUUCUAAGGCUCCGAUUGUAAUGAAGAAAGCUCUUGUAAAAACAGCAAUGUUCCUUGUACAUUUAGUUAUUCUAAGUUGGACAUGAAGCAUGUCUUACAUUUCUGAAAGGUUGUUCUAUAUAUCUUCUUUUUGCUUGGCAUAUUCUGUAGGUCUGGCUACUUGAAGUUUUGUCUGUCUAAUGCAGUGGCAACUACAGACAAUGGAACUUAAGUAAAAAGAAAUAUGGUUCUCUCAAGCAAAGUCCACUUACUUUGAGAAAUAUGGUUUUCUUUCAUGAA